CGCAGUAGAGCCCAGACUCAGGGCUGGAAUGAUUCGAGUCUCCAUGGAGACGGGAUUGUUUAUUUUCGUCUCCUAGGUUACCACGUCCGCUCUCACUCCGAGCCACCGCCACCAACAACCUCCAUCACUUCCUCCUUUCCCAAUUGCCCCCACUGCUUGACAAUGUUACGGCUCUAUUAACCAUGAAUAUUUAACCACCGAGAGUGAGAGGGAGACAAAAACAUCAACUCUGGCUGGACUCCAUCCGAGAUCUGUGUCAUCACGUUCGGAGAAUCCAUCGUUGGUACGGUUCUUCUAAGCUGCCACAUCCACACUGACAUGCGGCGUCAUCGAUUGAGCCGUUAACAUUCUCCGCAACGUCGCCAGUUGUUUUUGUCGUGGAGCUUGUAGUUUUCCGACGAGCCAAGAUCCACAUUUAUCCACGUUUCUGUUUGAACACUUGCAUUGCGCGCGUCCCUGCUUUGUUGUUGAUGCUGUGUCCAGUGUGUGUAGGAACUAAGAACCCAUUGGUUAUAUCGAGAGAGUCCCUUGCCUGGAACAUUUGGCCAGCAUUGCUUCAAGCAAGUCUGACUGCUGAUGAGUUGAAUUAAUGUCGAAACCGGUUUACGGUUUGCUUGCAUUACACCAAUCCCGCUGAUAGGGUUCAAUCUCAGAAGUCCACGAGACAGAUGGGGAUAUAGACAUCAUACUGUAUAUAUUAUUUGCAAAAGAAAAGUGUUGUUGGCUGGCUGGUUGGCAAGACUUCAUAAUACUGUUUGGUUAUUUCAGUAAAGUCACGUAGGAAAAAAAACCCUAUAUUUUUUCUAUAUUUUUAUUUCUAUAUAUUUUUUUCACCUACGUGACUUUACCGAAAGAACCAAAGAGUAUGGAUCCUUGUAGUCACGAAAACUUCAAAUCUAGAAAGGACUUCAUAAUAUUGUAUGCAGUGGAGGGGACAUGUAUGGGAAGGAGGAGUGUGUUUAUACAGUAGUGCUGUUCGCAUUCUCCACAACACACGCUCAAUGAUUAUUCUUGUGUUCUGUAGUCAUCUCGUGAUGGGGGUUUUGCUUUGUUGGUGAUCGAGAUCAUACCUUGAAAUAAAAGAGACUUCGAUUCUCAAAUGGGCCCUAAUCCGUUUUUAUUUCAAUGUUUCAAUCCAUUGAUCUGUUUUUUUUUGUUGGCAUCAUCAAAGUCUGUAUUUUUAAAUAUUGCUCGUGUUUCAAAUCAAUGAUUAAUUUGUUUAUUGGACGGGUAGCAGAUUAAAUAUUUUUUUGUUUACUCGGAAUACAGACCUCGGAUAUUUUUUUAUUUCUUUCUUUCUUUCAAAAAGCGCUCCACUAAACCUGCGCACCAUCCGCCUAUUCCUGAUGUUGCCUUCAGUAGCUACCCUGGGUCAUUCAUGCUGUGAUGUGCUUCCCAAUAGCGUCCUCCCCGACAGAUGUCUUCAUUCGUUCAUGCCAACUGGGAGCACGUGACCUUGGAGUCGUCUCGCUCGCAUUCAACCAGAAGUUCCGCUGAGCAGCCUUCAUGCGCGGCCUGAUGAAUCAUCUGUAAACACCGCACGGAAACUUACACGGCUUGCCGGUGACCCCGUGAUGGUCCUGUGGGGGACGGACAUGCGGAGACACAUCACCGUGACGGUGCCCCGCGGGGGGCUCGAGAGUCGCGGGAGCAGCCUGAUCGCCCACAGCCCCGGCGUCAACGACCGCGGCGGCCGGACGAGCAGCAGCAACAGCGGCAGCAGCAGCAGGAGGAGGAGGAGGUCGGCCACGGAGAGCCGCGUGGCCGAGGGCGAACGCGAGACGCGGGCCCCAGCGGCUGCCGGUGAUGAGGCCGCCACGCACCUCGGUCGGGCCCACGCACCGGCCCACCGAUUUGUCGCGACGUCGAAUCUGCACAGGGCCACACGAGAGGAGGAGGCGGCGGCGGCCUGCAUCCAGCGCUGGUGGAGGUCUCACAAUGGGCGGCUCCUCUUCCUCCGGCUCCGAGACGCCCUCCACCUCGCGGAGAAGUGCUUGACCUACGACCUCCUGAGGAGAGUGAGCCCCAAAGAGGCAGAGCUUCUGAGAGAUCCCAGCAUGCAGUGCCGCGUGCGUCUUCGGCUGGCGGGCGACCAAUUUCCACCCCGAGUCGUCUUCAAGAUCUUCAGCCGGCCCGGCGCGACGAGCAGCACUUACAUGAGCGGCUGCCGCCUGAUCCAGCCGGCCAGCCAGGCAGCCACGGACGCGUAUCACAUGAUGGGCACCCGCAGCUUCUGCAAGCAGAUCACGCUCGAUGCUCAACUUCACGAGAGGGCGAGAGUUACGGGCGAGGUGGACGUCACCACUGGCAAGGACUACAUGCAGUACGUGAGCUACCUGGAUGAGACGGAAGCUCGCCUGGGAGGACGGGGCAACAGGUGGCGGACGCUGAGCCUGGCCGAGCUGCCCCGCGGUGACAAGGGGCGGCAGGUCGCGGCCGCCGCUCCCUCGCCGACACUCGCCCCCGUCGGGGAUCGUCGCUACCACCGGGACGCUCGGCCGAGCGGCCGGUUGUCCUCGGCUCCUCCGGAGGUGCCUCGACACCCGACGCUGGAUGCCUCCUCCUCCUCCUCGUCGUCGUCAAGGCGACGCUGGCGGUCCAGGCAGGCCCUGCUCCGUCUGGCCCGCUUGCGCCGCGACUACGGCCUCGUGCCUCCUCCCUCCGCACGGGCCGACGACGGAGCCGACGCCGGGAUGGGCGAUCGCGACCGGGAAGCCACCGUCCUCCCCAGCCUGAGCGACGAGCGUCCUGGCCGCGCGGACGCAACGGCGGACGAGCGUCGCCCGCGGGCGACCGCGGCGGAGUGCGGACGGUGGGCCGAGGAAGCGUGGGAGGAGGAGGCGGAGCUCCUGUUUGCCUGGGCGCGAGAUCUCUCCCUCGAAAGCCUCGACUUCUCCGCCGACCAGGAGCUUGGCUGAGCCGCCGCUGGCGACGACGACAACAAAAAACCCGUGGAAGCGCGGCCACGCACGAGCGGUGUCCUUCCGCCAACAACGCGCAGCGACAUUUGCACGGUUUGUUGUUAUUGAUUCAGUGAUUUUGGACUAAACGGAGCUCCGUUUAGCACGAUAAAACCUGCUGGGCAACCUGUCUUGCGAGGGGCAAGUGUUUUUUAUGGGAUUGUUAUUACUGUCUUAUACAGCGUUGUGCGAUGCAGUUUUGCAUAAACGCUCUCGAUAAUAAGGCCAAAACCGGUCCAGAAUUUUCCUGCCAGAUAAGGCUGAUCCGGAAAGAGCCAUCGGAGGAUGGUGGCUACGCACGCCGGUUAUCGAGCACUUGGAGGCGAGGGUUGGUGGAUCGCAUAAGCGCUGCGAAGCUCCGUUCCCGUGGGCGAUCGAUGAGGUGCCUUAAACCCCGGCUCGAGGAGAAGGCGGUACAGCAAAGCGUUGGCUCCACCCCUUUCAUCUGUACGGGAUAGAGUGUUGCCCCCUCACUCGUGUGGGUUUCCUCCCCGUGCUUUGCUUUUCUCCCACAUUUAAAACUGAUUAACUGCCUGGAAACAUCUGAAGCUGUAGGGGACUGCAGAGCUUGGGCAAUUGUUAGUGCCGGGUCCUUGUCCGGCUACUUUCCAUCUCCAGGAAAAAAAAAAAACUAAACACGUUAUUAUCAUAUAAAAAAGGACAAAUAUGUGUGUUAAUUUGGAGAAAUUUAUUUUCUGCCUGUCCAUUAUAUAUUUAAAACAAACUCCGUGUCCGAUUGAUAAGUAAUUUUGGGUGUGGCCACAAAAUGGAUUGGCCAUCAUCCUUUCCGGGGGUCGAUAAAGUUGGUACCGUUUUGUGGCGAAGUCAGCGGAGUAUUUUCUUACGGCUGUGCCCAGCCCUGCCAUAGGAAUGGCUCGGCGCUGUAAACGGUAGACGAUCGCUGCCAAGAUCGCUCAGUUGAGCAAGAAAUCUCUUGAAAUGUCUCUGUACGGUUACAUAACACGGUUUCACAGCGGUCGUCAACGAACUACUUUCUCGGGCUGAGCGGUGCGACCUGGUACGCAGAGUGAUACAGUAACGCGGCGGCGUACCCUCAGUUAUUUGUCCUGCCAUCACACUGCGUGUGCAUGGUACCACAUCGUAUCUCGCCAAACUUUAUCGUCACAUUAUUUAUGGGUAAAUAGUUUAUUUUAAUUUUGCCAGCUAAGCCCCGCGGAGCUGUGUAGCUCUUUUUCAGAAGCGACCUGGCCACAAAUGAUCGCUCAAAGAAGUGGCCUA